UCUGUGUACAUAUCGAACACGACGAAUAGAGAAGACGGAGUCAUUUGUUUUAAGGACAGCCAACAUUUUACCAAGUACACCAUUCCAGCUGUGUUAACAUUGAACUGUACUCACCACGGUAGAUACGUCAUUUACUACAACAACAGGACAUCAAGUAAUCUGCCACCUGACUACUCACAAUCAGCUUACAACGAACUGUGCGAAUUUGAAGUAUAUGGUUGUCCUACUCCUGACUAUUACGGCGAGACUUGUUCCCUGUCUUGUUCACCUCAUUGUAUCAACAGCCACUGCCAUAUUGAGACUGGCCAUUGUUUUGGAUGCAAAGAUGGGUAUCAUGGACCAAUGUGUGAACAACAAUGUGAUGACGGAACAUUUGGGAAAUUCUGCAGUAACAUAUGUGGUCAUUGUCAAGAGGGUGACACAUGUGACAAAGAGACGGGGGCGUGUCCUUAUGGAUGUCAAUCAGGGUACGAAGGAAUCUACUGCAACCAAACAUGCCAAACUGUAUACUAUGGACCCCAUUGCGACAAAAUAUGCAACAGUUCGUGUCUAAAGCAAACGUUUUACUCUGAUAAAGAGGACUGUUUACAGGUAAAUCCUUGUUUAACCUUCGUAUUAAGGCAAGUAC